UUUAAAUGUUUACAUUCACAUCGUCGAAUCUUCAGGGUCAUUUUAGCGCUGAGAUUGCAGUUUUUAUACCUUUUCUAGAGGUUUUUGAGCCUCUCCACGAUUGCCAAUUAGCGCUCGGCUUUCUGUGAAUUGUGCGGCUUGUGUUUUUCGCUCAGUCUGCUCCGAAACUUCGACCGAUAAAAGUGGCCGGAAAAACAUCCGCUUCUGUUUUUUGGAUUUGUUGCGGAAGAUAGAGUGCUAGCUGGUGUUUCGCUGUCAUUAUCAGACAUUAGAUAUAAUCAUGGAGGAGACGUAUCUGUAUGAUCCCAAUCUGCUGUUAAAGCUGGACUUUCAUCGCAGUCCCGCCAAGUUCAAUCCCUUCAUAUCAGCGGCUAAUCCUGGAGAGCCCUGGAUGAAAGUGCGUCCUCUCAAGGACACGGACUACGAUCGUGGAUUCCUGCAGCUGCUGUCCCAACUCACCCACGUGGGCAAUGUGAACCGCACGCAGUUUUUGACCCGUUUUUCACAGAUGAAAGCCAGUGGAGAUUACUUUGUCACCGUCAUCGAGGACACUCGGAAAAACGAGAUUAUUGGAGCUGCAUCUCUGGUGAUCGAGCGCAAGUUCAUCCACAAUUGUGCCGUGCGUGGUCGCCUGGAAGAUGUGGUGGUAAAUGACACCUAUCGCGGCAAGCAACUGGGCAAACUGAUCGUGGUCACCGUAUCGCUGCUGGCCGAGGAACUGGGCUGCUACAAAAUGUCGCUGGACUGCAAGGACAAGCUGAUCAAGUUCUACGAGUCGCUGGGCUAUGUGGCCAUUCCCGGAAACUCCAACUCCAUGACGAUUCGCUAUGAUGAGGGGCCAGCGCUGAAGCGGAAUGCCACCUCAGCCGGCUCCAGUGGAACAGUGGGCGACUCCUGCCAAACUAACUCUCAAUUUUAUAACUUUUUCUCCCCUUUCUGCUACUGAAUGUGCGGCUCAACUCUCAACUUAAAAGGUAGUUGUUAUAUUACCCUUUAAAAGCACCUUCAUCAAGUAGCCAUAAGUUUGAUAAACUCGCAUAAAUACACUAUUUAUAACACUUAUCUACAAGCUCAACCCGAAUCUGACAAAAAACACUGAAGAAUAUAGCAAUAAAUUGAAUGGAAAGUUUACAAAUU